AUGGAAAACUCAACUGUGGGCUAUCCUUUGAAAACCUACGUCUUCUGCAUAAUUCUGGCCGCAGUCGUUCUCCGCCUCCUCACAAAUCGAUUCAAACGCGGGCUUCGAGACAUCCCUGGGCCCAUAGUGGCGAAAUACACACGGCUGUGGAAGCUGUAUAGUGUUUGGAAGGGUGAUCACCACACCGAGGCCAUUGAUCUGCAUCGAAAGUACGGAUCUCUGGUUCGCAUCGGCCCUAAGCAUGUAUCGGUCGGCGAUCCUGACGCUAUUCCUGUCAUCUAUGGCCUUAACAAGGGUUUCACCAAAACGGCUUUUUAUCCUAUCCAGUGUAUAUCGUGGAAUAAGAAGCCCCAAAUGAACCUUUUUUCCACCCGUGACGAGAAGUUCCACCGCGACCAGAAGCGACCUGUGGCCAACGCCUACAGCAUGACUUCUCUUCUUGAACUCGAGGCCUCUGUUGACUCGUGCACACAAGUCUUCAUGUCUCAGUUGAGGAAUUUCGCAGAUCGGAAAGCUUCUGUUGAUCUAGGAGCUUGGCUGCAAUACUACGCCUUUGACGUGGUGGGGGAGAUUUCCUUUGCGAAAAAGCUAGGUUUCCUAGAGGAAGGACGAGACAUUGAUGGGAUGAUUGAGGCAAUACAGGGCAUGCUAUCCUAUGCCAGCUUGUGUGGCCAGGUUCCCGAAAUGCACCCCCUGUUACUUGGAAAUCCCCUCUUUCCAAUCCUUAUGCCUAGUAUGGAGACCUGGAACCAAGUUCUUCAAUUCACUCUCAAGGCAGUAAAUUCUCGUUCAUCCUUACACCGUGAUGGUGAAUUUGACGGAUUUGAGAAAGGGGGCGCAAAGGACAUGUUGUCUAGGUGGAUGGAGAUCCACCAUUCAGAUCCCGAGAAGCUUUCUACGAGAGAUGUUAUCGUGCAUCUUUCAACGAAUGUUUUUGCUGGAUCCGAUACGACAGCCAUUGCAAUUCGAGCCGUUCUCUAUCUUCUCAUACGCCAUCCAGCGGCUAUGACGAAAGUGCAAGCCGAAAUUGACAGUGCAACAUCGAAUCAAAAGAUCAGUGACAUAGUGUCAUACCGGGAAUCCAUUACACAUCUCCCCUACCUCAGUGCAGUUCUCAAAGAGGCCAUGAGGCUACAUCCAUCUGUCGGAUUGAUCCUCGAGCGAGAAGUGCCCAAAGGAGGGAUGUCAAUUAGUGGAAAGCAAUUCCCAGGCGGAACGAUCGUCGGCAUCAAUGCGUGGGUUUUGCAUCGAAACAGUAAAAUAUUCCCUGAUCCCGAUUCGUUUGUACCCGAGCGAUGGCUCGACAGUUCUCCCGAAGCACUGAAGGAGAUGGAGAAAAGUUUUUUCACAUUCGGGGCUGGAUCGCGAACAUGCAUCGGCAAAAACAUCUCCCUUAUGGAGAUGCAUAAGAUAAUACCACAGCUGUUGCGAGAAUUCGAGAUACGACUACACAGCCCAGAGCAAGAUUGGACAACCCGGAAUGCAUGGUUUGUUCAACAGGAAGGGUUAAUCUGUGAUCUUGUGCUGAGAAAAGACAUUGCGUGA